GGUAGGUAUAUGGGGAAAGGUUCGAAAGCAAUUUACCAUAACAAUAAGAUAUUAUAAGUUCACAUAAUUUACUUACUCUAAUGAGAGGUGAAACGUUGACGGCGGGUUUAAAUUCUCGAACCAUUUUGAAAAUAUAUGAUUGAUAUAAUUGAAAAAUUCAAAAAUCAGUUUUGAGUAAAAAAUAAUAAAAAGAAUUCACUCGAGUAUAAUGGGAAAUUAGUAAGAGAAUUGUAAAAAAUUACAGUGACUGUCCCGAUUCUUGCGAAAUGAUAGUGGAAAAAAUAAAAAUGUCAGCAAGACAUAGUUACCAACUUAACCAUCAGAUGAAUUACGAAUCACGGUUGUGACUACGAAUUGAGAUGAUAUUAUACAGAAUACAGAAAGGUCUUAUCAAUGUUUUUCAGAGUCCGCCCGCUAAAUAUGGUUAUCGGUAAUUAUCAAUAUUUUAACAAAAAUGUAUUUGAUUCUGAUUUUUCUGUUCUAUGUCACAGAAUAUAAUAGUAUCAAUGGAUAUCUGUGUUUUAUGCCAAGAACCAAAGUGAAUCCACUGGCUUGUUCUAUGCUCAUCUUUUGUUAUUGUCGUUCUUGAUUUGGAAAAUUGUAAACAAUAUCGAAAUACUUGACUGUCCAAUCAUAAAACACUCUUAUCAAUUUUCAUGUUUGUGUGUUACGUAUAUCUUAGUGGUUUCAUACCGCAGAUUUUUUGAUAUCACACUUUUGGUUAUAAUGUUUAUUAUUUGAAUUCUCUCUGGAAUUAAUCUUUGAAAAACCGUUCGACUUCAAAUCAAAUAAUUUUAUAACCAUUCGUUCUGUCUUCAUUAACUUUUUCUUAUACUAAUUUUAUUGUCGUCCAUUAAAAUUGCUAUGGAAAUAUCUAAACAUUUUCUCGAUAUACUGAAGGCUAUUGAUUACCAUGUUGGUCAUUUACCUAGAGACUUGUUUGCCAACGAAGAACAACUUUCUGAGUUAUUACCCAUUUUUACGUGGUUUAUCAAUAAUGUAACGCCAAAAUAUAAUUGUGUAACGCCUAAGGAAUUAAUUCUGUAAGUAUGUUAAUUAUUUUCAUAGAUAUAAUAUAGUUGAGUAACAAUAUUAUUAUUGUUUAUAUUAUUGUUAUUGGUUUAUGUUUAAUGAGACUAAUUUUCGAAUAUGGCCAAGUUCAAAUGGACUUGAUAUGUUUCUUUUGAAUAUAACGCUUGGCUUUAAUUCAAAAUUAAAAUUAGUCAUCAUCUAACAUUAAUUGUAAUUACUAUAAAUAUUUUAUACAUAUGUAUUCAGCUAUUUAAAUAUUUAGUAUGUAUCUUGAAAUGCUAGUUUUUUAGAAAUCGUGAUUUAAAUAUUAUUUUUUUAAAAUGUCAGGAAACAUUUCUGAUAGUUAAAAUAAAAAUUGCCUCUAUUUAAUACUUACCUACCAAUUUUUUUAGUUUUUACUGUUUCGUAUAUAAUAUAUUUACAAUUUAUUAAUUUCAUAAAAAUGUGUUAAUUAUUAAAUUACCUACCUAUAUUUAAAUUUAUGUUUUUUUUUUUUAGAUUUGCAUCUUUGUGUUCAAAAAAUAAUCAGUUUUCUUCUCUCGAAAAUGUAUCUAAAGGUUUUAAUAAAUUUUAUGAUGAACAAACUAAAGACUUUGUAUUAUGUACUUCAGAUCUAGACAAUUUAGAAAAACAAAUUGUUAAAUCUCAGCAAAAGUUAAAUGAUUUAAAAGCACAUGGAACUUUAUACAAGUAAGUUGAUUUUAGAUAAUAAUAAUGUGUAGAAUGAGUCAUAACGAACUUAUUUUACAUUUUUUUUGUAAUGCAAUAAUAUAAGCAGUCAUGGGAAUUAAUAUGUUGAAUUUUUAAAAAUUAAACAUUAACCAAGUUCAUAUUUAUUUUUUAUGAAUUUAAACUAUUUGGUUUGUUUAUUGACAAGUUUACUUUCAGAGAUCAUAGUUUUAUUUUUAUUUUAUUAUUAGUUUUAUUGCUGACAUCUAAACAAGUAUAUUAAAGUGUAUAGUAUACAUGUAAGUGGAUGAAGUGUACUAUCUAGUAUUAAACCAAUUGCAUAAAACUGUACUAGUACCCAUAACAUUAAGAAUAUUUUAUUCGAUAGUGAAUUUAUAUACAUAUGGAAAUAACAAUUAUCCUAAUAAAAUUUGAAACUUAGAGUUAACCACGAAAUAUUCAAGUUAAAUGUGGUAUUUUUACAUUGUUUAAAUAUGAAACUUUAGGGACGGGGGAAAAGUUUGCGGUAUUAACGAUUUUGAGUUUAUGAAGUUCAAGUUCAACUAUGUAUCAUUAUCAUCAACAGCUUAACAGUCCAUUGAGGACCUGCAUUAUCACUUAUACGCUUUUUUACUUUUUUUUUUAUUUAUUGAACAAUCUAUCAUUCUUGUAUACUUUCUAAACUUUCCCUUCAUCUGAUUAUUGGCCUGCAAAGUGGUCUUUUCUUGUUUAUUUUUGCUAUCAACAAUCUUUAGUAUAUAUCAUGAACUUAUGGGUUUCUCUCCAGAGUUGAUAGGACUACUUAAUUAUUUUGACUUUAUUUUCAAACCAUGAAUUAACUAGUUUCAGAUCAGACUCUGAAUAAAUGAAAAUUAUUAUGACUACCCAUAAACAAACCAAGAAUAUACGUUAUAAAGUACUUUUAUUUUUAAAAAAAAAAACCCAAAUAUUAUGCAAGCCACCUUAGUCAGUAUACUCAUACAUACUCUAACCAAAAACUCACAUUCCUCUUUUCAUUUAUGCCUUAAAUAUGAUUUACAGUCUUAGCCUUUUUGCUCCACUGGCCUACUUGUUAAUAUUGAUGAUCUAACUUAUACAAAAUUUGUAUAUGUUUGUGUUGGGAUACACAAAAAAGUAUUUAUCUUGACCACUCCAGUCUUUUACAUCUGUAAAUGUUAGUAUGUUAGAAACCUGAUACUGUGUUACAACAAUUGCUAAAAUGAUUAUAAAUUAAUUUAUAUUGUAUAUAUAUAUACAAUAUAAAUAUAUAUAUAUAUAUUGACUAUCAUGGUUACCAUUUUUAAACAUUAUUCCUUUUUCUGACUCCAAUACCUCCAGAUUAAGCCUUAAAUUUGGCUAUAUAUUAACAAGUUUUAAAUUUUAGAAAAAACAAAUGUGUGGUGGAUGAGGAAGUUUCUGUACUUAAAGAAACUGAACACUGUAUUAGUAUAUCUUGCUACAAUGCACAAUGCAAUUUGAAUACAACCAUGAAAACAUUUACAGAAAAAGCCAAAACACUUGGCUUUAAUGUCAAAGAACUUCAUAAUAAUGUUUCAAAUAUUAUGACAAAUGUAAGUAUUAUUUAAAUAAUAACUACGCUAAAAUAUUUUAUUUAUUCUUUUAAAUUUUCAUUUACAACGGAAGCCCACUUAAAAACACUGUAAAUGAACUAGGCUUUUUAUUAUUUAAAUUAAUACAUAAUGAAUUACUCAGUGAUAAUUAUUAAAAUUAAAAUUAUGUAUUUUUAGGAUAAUCAAUGUUUAACAAAAUUAGCAUCAAACAAGUUGGUUAAUUUAACUGACUUGUGGCGCAAUCAAAUUUUUAAUAUGAUUGAAAAAUGGUUUGAUGAGGUAGAAUACUAUUUUUAAAUUUUUAACCAAUAUCAUAUUAUUGCCUAUUAAAUAACUUUAAUAACUUCCAGGAAAAUACAUCCUCUAGAACAAAGGAUCAGUUGACAAGAAAGAUGCAUAUGCUAAGUUUAUUCUCACAAAGGUAUAUUUUUAUUUAUUUUGUCUAAAUUCAAUUUACUUACAGAUUUCUUUUUUAUUAUAAACAGUGUUACAGCUUUAAAAAUUUCUGAAAUUAAUGAAAGAUAUAAAAUUGAAAAAUUAAAUAACACAAUAAAUAAUUUAUUUCAUGUCAUAACGUAUUAUGAGAAUGAGAAAAAUCUACGUUCAGAUCAACCAGAUAUAAUAAAGUAGUUAUUUAAUUUAUAUACUCUCUAAAGAAAUAUUGUCAUCAAUUUGAUAUAAUUUUUCUUUUCAUAAUUAAUUAGUUACUUUGAAAAGUGCCUAAAACAUCGAGAAAUAUCUGCAAAGAGUCAACAGGCUAUCACUGAGUUAAAUAAUUUCCAAACAUUAUUAUCUGACAUGGUAAUAGCAGAUGCUAGAAAAAAACUAUUAGAGAUUGAACAGAUCAAUGAUCGUAUCACAUUUAUUCAAGAUUCUACUGAACAUUAUAUUUUAAUAUGUGACGUCUUAUGGUGUUUGAUGAGAACCAGUUGCUCUAUGUUGAAUUUGAAAUGUGAACUAAUAUUACUCUGUAAUAGCUUUCUUAAAAAAACAUUUGAUGACAUAGAAUGUUUUCAAGUGUGUAUACUUAAGUUAAAUCUUAAUUUUAGUAGAUGUAAAUGGUCCACAAUUCUGAUUUAACUUAACAAAUUUGUUUAGAAAUGGACUUUGAAUCAUUAUGAACCGGAUAUAUUGCAGUCAUUUAACACUAAAAAAAACAACAGCAUAUCCUUCAGUAAUGAAAUACUUAAGUUUGACAGAUAUAAACAUUACUCUCAGAUUUAUAUUGAUAAGUAAAUGUUUUUAUUUUAUUUUCUGGAAAAUCUAAUAUGAUCUAAUUCUAUUUUUAUUAUUUAUGGGACAAAUUAUUGUUAUUAUUUAAUUUUUUAUUUUUAGUCAUGUAAUUGAACAUUUGACAAAAAUGGUGCAAAGCUGGAAAAGUAAAUAUCAUUACAGCAGAGAUGAAUGCAACAAAUUGAACUCUUUACAACAAAAAUUACUUGUUUACAACAGUACAGUAAAUAAAUUAAUUAAUAAAUUUUCUAUUGAGUAACAACAUACUUUUGUAACAUUUGUGUAAUUUUUUUUAAUUUCAUUAGAGAAAAAUAUUAUAAUAUGUAAAAAUGUGAUAGAAAGUUGAAAAGUAACAUGUUUUUAAAAUUACAUUAAAACAAUCUUUUUUCAUAUGAAAAUAAACCAUGAACAUUUCCUUCCAGUUGAGCUGAAUGUGUACGUCUUUCAAAUCUUAAUUCACCAGACAGCAUCAUAGCUCUGAGAUUUUUUAGUGACUUAGUUCCAAUAUCUUGGCAACUAUGCCUUAGACCACACUGUAUGUAUGGUAAAAAUCGGAGAGCUGAUCCUUUGUCCACAAUUGUUCCGCUAACACCUUGUGCUACUUUUAAGGAAUCUUUUUCACUGUUAAAAAAAAAUUAUUAUUACUAUUAUUACUAUUAUUAUUAUUAUUAUUAAAAUACAAUUUGUACCUAUGGAAAUAUCUGUUUAAUGCAGAUCCUUUAGCAUCUUUUCUGUUCAUUGCCUCCAAGCUACCCAUGCCACGGUAUUUCUUUAGUCUGACACCAUCAGAGAAAAAAUAUUCUCCAGGCGACUCAGAUGUGCCAGCUAACAUUGAACCCAUCAUAACUAAAAA